AUGACUUGCAGACAACACUGGGAGGCAGAGGGGGAGACUGAACUGACUGAUGAGGACUGGUUAUCAGCUCUAAAUGGACUCAAAAGAUGGACCAAAUGCUACUCCCAUGUAGAGGCACACCGGAAACUGCUCUAUAGGUGGUAUAUGACUCCCAAUAGGCUGCAUAAGAUGUACCCUGUGGUGCCGGCCGAAUGCAGGAGGUGCGCUGCGGAAACAGGUACGCUACCACACGUCUGGUGGCAUUGCAGUGGUAUACAACCUUUGUGGAGAGAUGUUAAAGAUAUACUAGAUGCCCUCGGAAUCAGAGACUUCCCCAUGAACAUCGAGUCCUGUCUCCUCCUAUUGUUCCCCAAAGAGACACACGAGAACCAGAAACAACUGCUACUGCUAAUUUUAAUGGCCGCACGCAAUCUGAUAGCGUUAUACUGGAAAAAGCAUAGUUGCCCGUCUGCACAACAACUGAAAGACAAAAUACAGCAGUUUUACAAAUAUGAGAAAAUGUCCACAGAUACCAUAAAAGCCACCGCAAAAUUCAGGGAGACAUGGGAGGGAUGGGAGAUGUGGUACAAAGAGGGGGAUUUUCUUGAAUAG